AAACUGCAUAGUGACGGACGAAACAAAAAGCUGUACGGUGGGCGGGGUGCGUGUGCGCUUUUUGCUCGUGGCAAGGCAACCCGGCACGGUGCCGCACCGGGACCUAUUCCUUAUUGUAUUUUAUUCGAUUCAUAACGCUGUUUCCUUUCUAACGUCUCAGCGACAAUUUAUAAAUUACUUUAUAACUUUUUAUAACAAACGUUUGUUAGGGCCUCGAGUAAAAUGCCGAUAUGCUGCUAAAAAAGAUUUUAACAUCUAGUUUUGUUGAUAGCAGUUUUGUUUUGCUUUGUGAACGUGUUUUGUAAAUAACAUUUUAAAUAAUAUAAUUUAAUAUUAUAUAAAAUAUAUUUAACUUAACGUACAUUAUGACUAUAUUUGAAUUAGUGUUUCGUUUAUUUAUUUUUAAUUUCAUUUAUUAUGUUACCGGAGCCGCUACUGAGAUAAAGAACAACCAAAACAGCGUGACAUGUGCAACUCGAUUCGCGUCCUGCGAAACGAACACGGGAAGCUCACAGCAGCCGGUGUGCGGGACUGACGGACGGAACUACCCAACCAAAUGUCAUCUGUUAAAAGCCCAAUGCUCGGGCGAACCGAUAUCCGUCGCCCAUAAGGGACCUUGUGUUGGGCAGUCAACUUGUCUGAUAGUGCAACGGUACGCUUUGAGCGCUCAAGGUGGGCGCAGGGCUGCGUUUGUGCCCCGCUGUCGCGCCGACGGCACCUACGCGUCCGUACAGUGCGCGGCCGCCGGGGCAGCAGCAGGCUGCUGGUGCGUCACUCCUGACGGCAAGCCUCUACCCGAUACGGCUGUCAGAAACGGCAGACCAGACUGCACGAGGACCGGUAAAUCACACACGAGGCGGCGCUCGUCAGUUCGGGGUCAACGAAACAAAAGAAGUUGCACCAGGAUUGACCGCGUACAGUUUAAUGGGAACUUGAUAAAGAUAUUUAGUGGUGAAUAUGAGAGAGUCCGUGCGGAAACUGGAGGUGCAUCGUUGGAGGCUAGAGCUGUCGCUGAAUGGAAGUUUCGAGAACUCGACAGAGACAGGAGCGGAACUUUACAGAAGUCUGAAUACAGAGGCUUACGACGACUAAUUAAAAAGGUGGUGAAGCCGAAGCGUUGUGCACGUGCAUGGGCGCGUGGUUGCGACGGGGAUGGUGACGGUGAGAUAGCUCGGGCAGAAUGGGCCUCCUGUCUCCUCGCCAACCCAGACCCACCUGCACCGGAUUUCUCUCUCCGUUUCUUCAUGUCGUUGAAUGCAGACGACGACAGCGGGCCGGACCCUGAGGCGGAUUACAACGAAGAGGAACCGCCACCAGAUCCCAGCGCAGUUCUACCUGGAAUAAUGAAAAAUUCCUUCGCACCUGACGGAUCCGAUCCGGAGUCACGACGUGAAGACGAGGCCAACGAUUGUCUCACCGAUCGACAGGCAGUAUUGGAAGAACAGAAAAACGGCAGCGCAGUACUUUACGUGCCAGAAUGUACUGGUGACGGUAGGUACGCUCGUGCUCAAUGCUACCGCUCCACCGGGUACUGUUGGUGCGUGCAUCAGGACACAGGGAAACCUAUACCAGGCUCAUCAGUUAAAGAUCGAAAACCAGACUGCGAUUCCGCUCCACAACAUGCCAGCCCAAUGAGAGGAUGUCCAGAACCGAUGAAGUCUAAUUUCCUACGAGAUCUCAUGAAUUUCUUUAUAACAAAAAUGACUGCUACCAGCAACGGCACAGGACCUGGUGAAAUGGUUAAAUGGGGUGCAUCAAAAGAAGAGCAAGCAGCUACAUGGACAUUCGUGAUGUUAGACAAGGACAAGAACAAAGCAUUGGAAAGAAGAGAAUGGAAAGCAUUCCAUCAACUUAUAUCCAAUGUGGAACAGUUACGUAGAUGUGGAAGGAAACUGCCGAGAUAUUGCGACGUAAACCACGACACGAAAAUUAGUAUUACAGAAUGGAUGGCCUGCUUGGAAGUACUACAAGCAACUCAAGGACAUUCGACGGAAGCUACUAAAGUACCACCAAAUCCAAGACGAAAAGGGCCAAAUCCUCUGGAAUCGAUUCUCAAAGCGGAAGACUAAGUUCUCAGUAACAUUGAACAGAAGUGUGGUGGCUAUGAUAUACCAGUGUGUAAUGGCUUUGUGUGUUAAGGAAGCUUAACUUGCCUCGCGGCUAACGCCCGGUUUCUGAAAAACUUUUCCAUACUCCAUUCAACUACUCUUCUUUUAGCUCUAAAACUUUUGAUGAUCCAAAAACUUCUUUCAUUUUGAUCUGUCUUUGGAUUCGGUUUACGUCCUCUUUCUACCGAAGCUUUAGUCUCCUUCAACCUCGAUGGGAAUAAUAAUAUUCAACUCGUCAAUUGAAUGACAUAACAGAUUAGAAUCAUAUCAGUAAACCAAAUUACAAGUAUAGUCCGAUAAAUUUAUCUGACCUGAUUGAAAUCUAAAUCACAAUCGUCAACAAAAUGCUUAUUAUAGCUGUCUUGUCAUCUGUACCAUUUACUAUGUUUAUGCAAGUUUUACAUAUUUUCUGAUGGAAAUAAUUACAAUUUUUCAGUUGCUUGAAGUUGUAAUUGUGUAACUUUGAAACUUUAGAAACCGGGCAUAACUAUCAUCUGAGAUCAUUAAAAUUAGAUCAGUUAUUUAUUCAAAUUACAUGAAUGUAGGAUUCAGCUAGUCUUGCACUGUUUCAUUUCUUUAAAAGUAGACAGAACAAAUAAAGGCUAUGGACAUUUAUAUGUCGACAAAACUUUGUCAUUCGAAAUAAGUUGGCACAUCGGGAUAACAGAACACUUGUAUCCGGCGUGCCAACUCAAACGGGAUUGUAUGUAAAGUAUUGCUGUCAUAUCAAGUGUUUAUUUAGAUCUUAAAAUGCAGUAAAAAUGAUUGUUACUAAAAUAUAAAACAUUGAUAUUGAAAUAAAAAUAUUGAUAAAUCAAUUUAAAUAAAGUACUUAGGUAAAUAGUGAAUAAGGGAUAAGAACAAACUUUUUAAUAUUUAUUUCUAAUUUUUUUUUACUUUGAAAGCCAAGUUAUAUGCAACUAUUCUAUACACAUAUAAUGUUUACAGUCGUAACGUACGUUUCCACAUCAGAAACAUGUAUAAAAAGCUUUUUAUUACUUUUGAAGAUCUGUUGUGUCAAGGUCAUUUCAAUAUCAAUGUUUUAUUAAAGAUUAACAUCCUAUUUUUAAAUUAAUAUGAUCAUUGACUUUAUUAUUUCGAUGACAUAGAUUUUAAUUUAUAAAACAGUGUUUAUAGGUAGCUAUUAUUUUGUAGUCGUUUUUUAAAAUAUAGUUCAAUAUCUCUUAAUUAUGUUGUGUGAUUUUCUAUAAGCAUUUUUUUUAAUUUUCUUUAUGUAUAUGGAUUUAUUGUUGCCAUGCUAAAUAACAAUCGGCUAAAUAUUUAAGAACUGCGCUACAAUUUAAAAAGUAUUAAAUAUUACAUUUCUUGUAAUAAACGUAAGAGUACUUGAUUACAUUAUGUAUGUACCGCUUAUAAAUUUUUCUAAUAUUAACAGAUUAUUUAGUCAGUAUGAAAUG